ACUUCAGCCGGCGCAGUCUUGCUGCGAUCGUCAUGGAUCGCAGUUGAAUCAUCGUGAGCCGUUUAUAUGGCGUAUAAACUGUCCAAAGUUUCAAUUAGUAACAUUUUAAUUUCACGUUUAUUUAUAAAAAGCUUAGUGGAUUAAGUUAACCUUUAUUAACAUUUAAUUUUAUAACUUUAUCGCGAACAUGGCUGUGAACGUGUGUUUUUGUGUAAAACUGUCGCCUAACAAAAAAUCGAUUUUUGGAUUGAGAAUGAAGAGCCAAAUAUUGUAUUUGGUAUUGUUUACCGGUUUCUUGGCGGCUGUUUCUGCUGCUGACACAGAAGUAUCUUGUGCAAAUGUGAAAAGUAUAUUUGAAAAGAAAGGAAUGUUGUCGAUGGUUGAUAUACAAGAACAACCGAAUUCAGAUGCCGGCGAACUGUGUCUCAACAAGGGAUGUUGCGGCGCGGGCGCGCGCUCACGACUCACGCAACAAGCCCGCUCGCAGCUCGAAGGUGCUCUUCGGAGCGAACUAAGCAAGUUGGCCGACAUUUUAUCAAAUAGAGCCAAGCGUUUUGAUGAGUUCUUUAGAAAACUCCUGCAGCUCUCACGGGAAGAGUUCCACGCCAUGUUCAAACGCACCUACGGCAUGAUUUACGAACAACACACGUAUGUCUUCGAGCAAUUGUUCGAACAAUUGGAAAGGUAUUACACCCGAGGCGAUAACGACUUUGACGAAAUGAUGGACGGUUUCUUCGGAAUUCUCUACCAGAAGAUGUUUACGGUGCUCAACUCACAAUACAGCUUCGACGAGAAGUAUUUAAAAUGUGUGAACGAACACAUGCGAGACAUUCAGCCAUUUGAAGACGUACCCUCGAAACUGUCUGUACAGCUUCGACGCGCUUUCGUAGCUACACGCACUUUCCACAAAGCACUGCGUGCUGGCGCGGACGUCGUCAGGAGUAUGAUGCAGGUGGGCGUUACCCAAGAAUGCGUGACAGCGUGGGCCAGACUUCGGUACUGCGGUACAUGCUCAGGGCAGCAGCAACCCGCCUGCAGUCGGUAUUGCCACAACGUUAUAAAGGGCUGUCUACCCACUCAUGCAGAUUUAGGCGAACAGUGGGACGCUUAUGUUGAUGCCGUAGAAAAAGUCGCAGACCGGCUACUUGGCCCAUUCAACAUAGCGAUGGUAGUAGAACCUAUCGAUAUUAAAAUAUCCGAAGCUAUUAUGAGCUUCCAGGAGCGCAACCAGGAGAUCUCACAGAAAAUCUUCUCUGGUUGUGGAAAACCAGUGUUGGGCGGGGGUGUCAGUACGGGCCCAUUCUUCGCCCCGGAUCGGAGUCGGCGUUUCGCACGAUCUGUCAUUCCAGACUUCGAUUGGAAUCACAAAUCUAAUGAUGUCGACGAUUUCGAAAUCGAGGCUUCAUUCGAGAGCCUUGUAAACGAGGACCCGUCAUUAAUAAGCCUUCGGAGCCCCGAGGGUAUUCGAAAAGCGACGGAGGAACUGGCCGAGCAGUCCAAAUCGAGGGAACGUUUCCUCCAGUACAUGAAAGGACAGAUUAAAUUAGAAGACUAUGAAGAAAAUGAGAGAAAAAAGAGGGACGCUGAUCCGGACCCCGCGCCCGGUGGCGCUGAGAUCGACUUCAAAUCAUAUGAAUUCGACGGCAAACGAGGUUCGAAGAAAAAGAAGCCGACGACUACCAAACCUGAAGAUGGUCACGGCGCGGAGUCAGGCCCGGCAUUGGAGCGGCUGGUGCGCGAGACGCGCGCGCGCGUGCGGGCCUCGCGCCGCUACUGGCUGCACCUGCCGGCCGUGCUGUGCGCCAGCACCAGCGUCACCAGCGCGCCUUGCUUCAACGGCUCGCAUGUCGCCAGCUACACGUCGAUAGCGGCGGGCGACGGCAGCGCGGCGCUGGCGUCCAACCCCGAGGUGCGCGCGGCGCCCGCGCCCGGCCCCGCGCCGCCCGCCGACUCGCUGCGCGCCUUCACCGCGCGCCUCAAGGACGCCUACAACGGCGUCGAGGUGCAGUGGAAGGACUCGGCUGAGGAUCUCCAAUCGGCUGCGGCAUCGGUUAACGAGUUUUUGGAUAACGGCGGGUCGGGAUCGGGUUCGGGAGACGACACGAACGACACCGAGGACCCCGGUGAUGAUGACGACAGGGAUUAUCCUGAAGGUUCCGGAGACAGCAGACCAGGGCUGGACACAACAGAAACCGAUAUAGAUAAUCGGCCACCGGAGAUACCGAAUGUACCCAGCAUUGUGGACGUUCCCGGAAACAACAAUGUCCAAGUGCGCGGUCGCGUGGACGAGCCGCCUGUCACCAACACCGAUGUCGCUGAGCGGGAAUUCGUCCCGCCCAGAUCAUACCCGACCCCAGACGAAGUCCCGUCGGGACCAGACCAGACCGGGGUCGAUGUUUCAUCCGGACCGGAUCAGGCUCAGGAACAGCCGGUCGCCGGUUCCGCAGACCGGCCGUCGUUGCAGACGGCGCUCUUCACCUACGCCCUCCCGGUCGUGUGCGCGUGGUUCGGAACCAUCGUGACCGAUAUCUUCUAAACGACACCUCGGUGACGUCACGUCGCGCAGUUAACUUAUUGUAGCAUAGGUAAUGCACGUAAUACAAUUAUUUAUUUCAUUUCCGACGAUCGACUGCGGUCGGUGCGCGGGACGUGACGUCACCGCGGCGGUGUCGUUCGCGGAAGCCAAGAGCUAGUCAGUGCGAGUGACGGUCGUGAGCCGAGCGAGUCGAGCGAACGCUCCUGUGAUAUGGACGAGUGACGGGUCGGUACCCGAA